CCUCUCUCUCAUUCUCUGACUGUCCCUCUUUCCCUCUCCCUCUCCUGUUCUCUCUUUCUUUCGUUCCUCUCAGGCAGCAGUGUGCGUUUCUCACACUCGCUUUGCAGCCAGAGCAGACGAUGGUCUUGUGAAAGAUCUUUUCGGCUCCAAACACUGUUCGAAUUUCUCUCUUCGCUGUUACCGAAGAGGGAAAAUAAUACAGUGUUUGCAACACGUGAAUUCAAAGCAGCCUGAGACACCAUGGGUACUCUCAGAGAUCUUCAGUUUGCGCUCCAGUUGAAGAUCGAAGAGCUGCGUCAAAGAGACGCUCUGAUCGACGAACUCGAGCUGGAGCUUGACACCAAAGACGAUCUCAUCCGGCGUCUGCAGGGUGAGCUCGACCGCCUGAGGGUUACUCUCAGCGCUCCCGGAUCUGCCACAGGGCAACACUGUGCUUCAUCUGUAAGGGUGAAGAGAAGAUCAGUUAUUACAGAGCCUACAAACCUGGACCCAAAUCUGAUCUUACAGAAUCCUCCCAUGAGCCACAGCAAGAACCAGGAGUCUCAGCGAGUGAUUGAGGCGGCGCUAAGGGAGAACGAGUGGCUGAAGUAUAUAGGGAGCGAGUUAUCAGACCUAGUAGAUUGUGCGUACCCAACGACGGCCGCCCAGGGAGCCCGACUCGUUCAAGAGGGCGAUGAGGCGUCUCAAUCCUUCAUCCUAGAAGAGGGAAAACUCGAGGUAUCCAGAGCUGGCCAGAAGCUGCACAUUAUUGAAGCUGGAACACUCUUUGGAGAGCUGGCCCUGCUUUACAACUACACCUGCUCUUCUACUGUUACAGCACUGACGAGCAGUAAGCUGUGGGUGAUCGAGCGUCAGACAUUUCAGAGAGUCAUGCAGAGGAGCAGCGUUCUCCGCAUCACUCAGUCUGUGGAUGUUCUCCGCAGUGUGCCAUUGCUCUGUACCUUACCAGAGGAUAAUCUCAUUAAAAUCUCAGCUGCUCUGCAAGAGUGUCAUUACAGCGAUGGUGACUACGUUGUGAGACAUGGCGCUCCCGGAGAUAUCUUCUUCAUCGUGAGCAGUGGCCAGCUGCGAGUGUUGGAGAGGCGCUCGGUCAGUGAGGACAGUGUGUGUGUGUCCAUCCUCUCCAGAGGAGACAGCUUCGGGGACAGAGCUCUGAAAGGAGAGGUAUCUAGGUCUUUGAGUGUUGUUUCUGCAGGUGAUGCCACAUGUCUGGUCAUAAACAGAGAGUCUGUCAUGAGGUUUACAGGAGCAUCUGUAGACAUAAAGGAGAAUGGAAGCAAUGAGGCAAAAGCCAGGACUGCAGACGGAGGCGACGGACUAUGCCAUGUCUCACUCCGUGACGUUCAGGUGCUGUGUAAUGUCGGAGAAGGACAGUACAGCCACACACAACUGGUCCAUUUGAAGAAUGACACCAGUCAUGUGUUCGUGCUGAAGGUCAUAAGUAAACAUGCUUUAGUGAGCUCAGGCAACAGAGCACGCAUCCUCGCCGAAAAACAAAUCCUGAUGGACGCCCGCUGUCCUUUCAUUGUCAGGUUGUAUCGUACCUUUCGAGACGCAAAGUGCCUCUACAUGUUGAAGGAGGCGUGUUUGGGUGGAGAUCUGUGGACUUUGCUAAGACAGAGGGGUCCGUUUGAUGACAAUGCAGCCCGUUUCUAUACAACCUGUGUUCUGGAGGCUUUGAGAUUCCUACACGGCCAAGGCAUCAUCCACAGAGACCUGAAACCAGAGAACGUGCUGCUGGAUCAGAAAGGAUAUGCCAAACUGGCAGGCUUCGGCUCUGCUAAGCUGCUUGGUUCUCUCCGGAGAACCUGGUCAUUCUGUGGCUCAGCAGCUUACCAGGCUCCAGAGAUCAUACUGCACAAGGGUCACGGUACGCUGGCAGAUUUCUGGGCUUUAGGAGUCUUUGUAUAUGAAUUACUCAAUGGCAGUCCUCCAUUCUCGGGCCCAGAUCUGCUAAAGAUCUGUGCAGCGGUUUUGAAGGGAAUCGAUGCCGUAGAGUUCCCAGAGGCCAUCAGCAACCCUGCGGCCGAUUUCAUCAAACAGAUCUGCAGGGAGAAUCCCACAGAGAGACUGGGCCAGAGGAAUGGGGUCAGAGACAUCCAAGCACACAAGUGGUUUGAAGGAUUUGAUUGGGAUGCUGUGUGUAAAGGCUCACACACUCCACCUAUAUUACCACAUGUCCAAGACUUUUUGGAUCAUUCCUGCAGUGAGAAUCACACUGACUCAACGCCAGUAGAUGACUCAGACUGGGACAAAGACUUUUGAUCUGUCAAUUGGUCAGACGUUACAUGAUGGAUUAUGUGAAAAGACUGUUAUGAAAAAACAUUUUCAGUUAAUGGAAUUUUUAGCCAGUCAGAUACGGACCUUAAAUGUAAUACGCGAGAAUAUAAAUUCUUUUCUAUCCGACUACAUCUAAUUAUCCUCUGUUUCUGUGAUUUGGGAUAAGUUAUCUGUUAUCGUCCUACUAAAUCUGUUAAAUGUGAAAUUAAAGCUGACGCACAAUUAGUUCCUUUAUGAAAGGGUUAAACAGGUCACUGUGCUUCAUUACGUUUUCAUUUGAUUAGAAAAAGCUGCUAAAUAAAGCAGGUUAAAUGAUGAAAGUUAUUGCUACA